AUGGUUGUCCCUAAGGCUAAAGUACCGGAUGUUCUACAGCUGUACCAUAGUGGUUGUUCAGGAGGCCACCUGGAAGUUAAACGAACUCUACUGAAGAUCCGAGAACGGUUUUUUUGGGUCCACUGUCGUGACGAUGUCGAGGACUGGUGCCGCAAAUGUACAAGUUGUGCGGCUGUAAAGGGACCUCAAAUUCUUAGUAGAAGCGCAUUGAAAUUGUACAAUGUUGGUGCACCAUGGGAGAGGAUAGCCAUUGACGUUGCGGGGUCGUUUCCGGAAAGUGAAAGUGGUAACAAGUAUUUCAUGGUUAUGAUGGAUUACUUUACUAAGUGGCCAGAAGUCUUCGCCAUUCCAAAUCAAGAAGCUUCAACAGUUGCAGAUAAACUAGUUCAUGAAGUCUUCUGUCGUUUUGGAGUACCCUUAGAGAUUCACAGCGAUCAAGGAAGGAAUUUCGAGUCUCAAAUAUUCCAGGAAACUUGCAGAGUUAUGGGUACUCAUAAAACACGAACAACUUCUUACCACCCACAAUCUGAUGGAAUGGUAGAACGAUUUAACCAGACAUUAGGAGCACUGGCCUUCAUCCAUUCCAGAAUCGGCUUAAUGUCCGAAUCUUCCUGCUGUGCAUGCUGUAGGCUGUCCUUCCACUCAUUGCUGAGCUGGUCUGUCCUGAGCAUUCUCACAGAUACCACUUCCUUACCCUCUUGCCUAGUACAAUGCUUGCAAUCUUCAGGGCAAGGUCUUCUUGACAAUGCAUCUGCAUUGCCAUGA